AUGCCGCCACGAUGGGUCUCGCUCUCCCCAGUCGCCACGCCCAAUGGCCCAAUUGAGUUCGCGGCAACCGCGCCGUCCAGCGCGACUACGAAGGGGCCGACGCGGGCGCCCUCAUGUGGAGGCCCUUCAGGAUGGUCGACGACGCGACUACGAAGGGGCCACGACUUCAACCGCAACCUCCGCGCCAACGGCAGGUUCCGCUUCUGGCACACCGCCGUCACCGUCGAUACCAACGAAGGCAGGUGGACCACGAUGAUGCACUGGACGGGCGCCGCCUACGGCCGGUACCUCGCGGUCGCGCACGAGGAUGAGGUUCCCCCGUCGGGCCACCGCGGCGUCCAGCGCGACUACAACUUGCCGGACCUGGACCCUUCCUUCAUGUGGACGCCCUAUAGGGUGGAGGCCGGCCAGAACUACGUCCGCUUGCACAACGACGACCAGCGCUGCCUCCGCGCCAACGGCAGGCGCCGCUACUGGAACAAGCUCGUCACCGUCGAUGUCAGGAACGGCGACGAGACCACGAUGAUGCAGUGGAGCGUCGAGGCCAUCCCGUCGACCCCGGAUCCGCUGCCCCUUCCGCCUCCACCUCAACCUCCGAUUCAUGUAAGGCGUGGCCUGUUCAGGAGGCGGUGCAUGCAUCAGCAUCCGGAGCGGAGGAUCUGGCAUUUUCGGUUGGGCGACGAUGGGAACCCUGAUAGUGACGACUGGCCUUCAUUCUUCUCCCACGACAACUCCGUAGCCAACCUGAGGGCCCAGGUGGCGCGCCUUGAGCAUGACGACAACAUCACGUUGGGCGUGGGGGCCGGCUACAAUGCGCGCGUGAUCCCGCUUGUUACAAACCUGCCUAAUAACGCAGAUCCCAUGCAAAUCAUCGUCUACACCACCGGAUCACCAGGUGAGAACUCUGCAGCUUUCGCAGUAGUGUGUGCAGCACUUGUUAUCUGCUUCUCACCAUUUCAGCAUGUGAGAUGUAUAGAGCUUCCAGCAUGUAAUGGCAGUGUGGAUAGCAAAUUUUGCAACAUAUAG